AUGGAGUACACUAAGGGGGCAGACUUUGAGCCAAAGCAUGUCGACCGAAAACUGCUCUAUACGAGCCUAGAGGAGCGGAUCAAGUACCUCCAUCAGUUCCUCGACUUCAACUCCAGCGACAUCGAAGCACUGAUGACCGGCACUAAAUAUAUCAAGCAAUUGAUCCCUGCUGUAGUCAACUUGGUAUAUAAAAAGAUUCUCCAAUUCGACAUCACAUCACGCGCCUUCCACACACGGACAACAGUCGACGAAACCGAGCCCGAAGAAGACUACCUCAACGAAGAGUCGCCGAAGAUCACGCGGCGCAAGAUGUUCCUGCGAUGGUACCUGACGCGUCUGUGCCAGGAUCCGACAACAAUGGACUUCUGGCGGUACUUGAAUAAGGUCGGCAUGAUGCACAGCGGACAAGUACGCAUGUCACCGCUGAAUGUCGAGUAUAUUCAUAUCGGUGCCUGCUUGGGAUAUAUUCAAGAUAUCUGGAUCGAAGCGAUGAUGUCGCACCCGCACCUGUCGCUGCGGCGCAAGAUCGCCCUCGUGCGCGCUGUCAAUAAAGUCCUUUGGAUUCAAAAUGAUCUCUUUGCCCGAUACCACUCAAGCGAUGGCGAGGAGUUCACGGAUCAAAUGUCCGACUUCGACUACAACGUGGGUCAAGAGGGGUAUCUUGGCGACAAGCGAGUUCUUGGGGGUAGCACGAGGGACGAUGACGCGGAAAGCAUCGCGCCUUCUAUAAACAGUACCGCGCCUUCUGUGGAUAGUGCGGCGCAGUCUACCAUUGGUGCAUCGUCUAUGAGAUCGGUUUGUCCUUUUGCGGAGAUGGGGAAGAGCAACUCGACGGAGACAAAGAUUUGGGCCAACUGA